AUGGGCAGCCCCUGGAACAGCAGCGACGGCGCGGAAGGCGCACGGGAGCCGCCCUGGACCGCGCUUCUGCCGUGCGACGAGCGCCGCUGCUCGCCCUUCCCCCUGGGGGCGCUGGUGCCGGUGACCGCCGUGUGCCUGGGGCUGUUCGCCGUCGGCGUGAGCGGCAACGUGGUGACGGUGCUGCUGAUUGGGCGCUACCGGGACAUGCGGACCACCACCAACCUGUACCUGGGCAGCAUGGCCGUGUCCGACCUGCUCAUCCUGCUCGGGCUGCCCUUCGACCUGUACCGCCUCUGGCGCUCGCGGCCCUGGGUGUUCGGGCCGCUGCUCUGCCGCCUCUCGCUCUUCGUGGGCGAGGGCUGCACCUACGCCACGCUGCUGCACAUGACGGCGCUCAGCGUCGAGCGCUACCUCGCCAUCUGCCGCCCGCUCCGCGCGCGCGUCCUGGUCACCCGGCGCCGCGUUCGCGCGCUCAUCGCCGCGCUCUGGGCGGUGGCGCUGCUCUCUGCCGGGCCCUUCUUCUUUCUGGUGGGUGUCGUGCAGGACCCCGUUGUCGAGGAAGACCCCGGUGUCGACGCGCUCCCGGACCUUAACCGCUCCGCGCAGCUCACUCCACCGGCCGGCGCUUCGCGGCCGCUGCCGCCGUCGCUCCUCGGGUCCUCGCGGGCGCCACCCCUGUCCCCGCCGUCCCGGCGCGAGGCGGCAGCGGCCGCAGCGCUGUUCAGCCGCGAGUGCCGGCCGAGUCCUACGCAGCUGGGUGUGCUGCGCGUCAUGCUGUGGGUCACCACCGCCUACUUCUUCGUGCCCUUCCUGUGCCUCAGCGUCCUCUACGGGCUCAUCGGGAGGGAGCUGUGGAGGAGCCGGGGACCGCUGCGAGGCCCGGCCACCUCGGGGCGCGAGAAGGGCCACCGGCAGACGGUCCGCGUCCUGCUGGUGGUGGUUCUGGCAUUUAUAGUUUGCUGGUUGCCUUUCCACGUUGGCAGGAUCAUUUACAUAAAUACAGAAGACUCCCAGAUGAUGUAUUUCUCUCAGUACUUUAACAUUGUUGCGUUGCAACUUUUCUAUCUAAGUGCAUCCAUCAACCCAAUCCUCUACAACCUCAUUUCAAAGAAGUAUAGAGCCGCUGCCUGGAAACUCCUGCGGGCGAGACAGUCCACACAGAGAGGUUUCUGCAGAAGCAGAGACACCAAGGGAGACACGGGAGGAGACAUGGCUGAUUACACGGAGACCAGUGCUAAUGUACUGACACCUGCCGCCAGCACAACCAAGCAAGUCGCUUCCUACCACAGUUCUGAAACUUCAGAGAAAACAGACAUCAAGAACCUGGACAAAGCGCCAGGAGAGGAUCCCGGCUCUCCGGUAACAAUUCCUGUUUUAGUAAUGAUGGGACUGAGUCUUAGAUUUCCCAAAAAGGAACUGAUGGGUCUGAGUAAGAAGUCCAAGCUUUAA